GAGCAUCAGCAGCCAUUUUGUUAGCUAGCUUGAGGUUAAAAGAGGUUAGCCGCGUGCAGCUGUAUUGAUAUACUCGCUUUGGUGGUGAAAUUGCGUCGAAGUCGAUAACUCGUCGAAGUUGUUAUUGACGUACAGUUUUCGGCCACGUGCUCGUAAGCACGAGGAGGAGUCGUGUAUUUGUUGACAGCGCGUUGUAAAACUGGUCGGCCAUUCAUUUUUCGAGCUGACUUGAGUGUGCUAGCUCAGUGGCUAGCUGGCUAACUUGUUUACGAGUGUCAUUUCUGGCAAAGAAAGCGUCCCGGCUUUCAUGCCACCAGCUGUUAAACGCGAAAGAGUCGCAGAGUGACUGUUUCACGCAGUUCGCGUGUCUGCGCUUGUGUUACAUUAGCUUCGCGCACAGUUAACAGAAGUAAACUAAAAGCCAGGGGCAGAUCCGCUCGCACCACUCCGGUGUUUACUGAUAACUUGAGCUCUCUCAGCUGACCGUGCUUGGACCAGAGCUCAGCCAUCCUGGACACCAUGUCAGAGCUUUACAUUCGGGUGGCUGAGGAAGAAAAUGAAGAACCCAUGGAGAUCCCGUCAGAGGACGAUGGCACUGUUUUGCUGUCAUCUGUAGCAGCGCAGUUUCCAGGGGCUUGCGGGUUGCGAUACAGAAACCCAGAGACCCAGUGCAUGAGGGGAGUCCGGCUUGUGGAGGGUGUCCUGCACCCACCGGAGAACGACUGGGGAAACCUAGUGUACAUUGUCAAUUACCCCAAAGAUAACAAAAGAAAGAUGGAGGAAAUAGACGCUGCCACAGUUGUGAAAAUUAAAAGGGGCUUUCAGAAGACAUCGGAUCUUAUUGUCCUCGGGUUGCCAUGGAAAACAACAGAACAAGACCUCAAGGAUUAUUUCAGUACCUUUGGAGAGGUCAUCAUGGUGCAGGUGAAGAGAGAUGCAAAAACUGGCAAUUCAAAAGGUUUUGGGUUCGUCCGGUUCACCGACUACGAGACGCAAACCAAAGUCAUCGCUCAGCGACACAUGAUUGACGGGAGAUGGUGUGACUGUAAACUUCCCAAUUCAAAGGCAUGUCCCGAUGAGCCGAUGCGCAGCCGUAAAAUCUUUGUUGGUCGCUGCACAGAGGACAUGACAACCGAUGAUCUGAGGCAGUACUUCAUGCAGUAUGGUGAAGUCACAGACGUCUUCAUUCCCAAACCUUUCCGGGCGUUUGCUUUUGUCACAUUUGCUGAUGACCAGGUUGCCCAAGCUCUGUGCGGAGAGGACCUGAUCAUCAAGGGUGUCAGUGUGCACAUCUCCAAUGCUGAGCCCAAACACAAUAAUAGUAGGCAAAUGAUGGAUCGAGGGCGUUUUGGGGCUGGUGGGUUCAAUCAGGGCUAUGGCAGUAAUCGCGGUGGACUAGGCAGCGGUAGCGGAGGGGUUAACUUCGGGGCUCUCGGUCUAAACCCAGCCAUGGUCGCAGCUGCUCAGGCAGCGCUGCAGAGCAGUUGGGGAAUGAUGGGCAUGCUGGCUAACCAGCAGGGUCUGACCACAACGGCAGGCACAGCCACUACAACCAGAGACCAGACCUAUAGCUCUGCGAGCACCAGUUACAGCAGCCCAAACUCAGCUAGCCUUGGUUGGGCUGCGGGCACUAACACGGCCUCCAGCAGCGGCUUCAGCUCUGGCUUUGGUGCAUCUAUGGAGUCUAAGUCUUCUAGUUGGGGAAUGUAGAUAGCUAACUCUUUCUGUUGCUAUAAGGCUGACCUGGUAAGUAUACAUAUGAGGGGGAAUGGCUUAGAUAUUAUGUUAUUUAAAAAAGAAAAAAUACACUGCCUUUUAUUUUGUUAAAGAGGAAAUUUAUACUUGUGUGUGACUUACGUAGUCAUGCAUUGAAUGGGUGAGAAGUGUAGUUUGUUAGUGGAAGCUGCCACACUACCUGGUUUUGUUUUUUGAGAAUAUGUUACACAAAUUUACUGUGCAUGCAGGAUAAAAUAAUUUAUAAACAUGCACGAGUAUCUCAAGAGCCCCCUGAUUGCCUCUUGUGAAAUGAUGGGCUUUCUAUAAUUACAUAUAAGUAUAUAUAUAUGUAUGUAUGCAUUUGAUUUUAUCUUUGUUUUUGUUUGACAUCUUUUGGAAACGCCUUCAUGGAAAUCUCUUCUGCAGUUCACCAACUCUUUCCCAAUUUCCCGGGAGGAAGCGCCUCAUUGGCAGCAAUGUUCGACAGAUCUCAGU